GGGACAGUGUCUGAAGGUGGGUAUGGCCUGACAAAACGACGUUGCAGCCAUCAAGGCACCAUAAAUGUCCAACCCCGUGGGCAUAAGAAAUGUGCCACCUGUUCUAUUGUGUUUAAUAUGUUUUAAAAAUGAUGUUUUUUGUUCUCCUUCCCAGAUGAAAAGAUGGCAUCUACGCACCUGAUUUGGCAUCUACGCUCUUCUCGCUCACCCAUUGCGCUUGACCUCUGACCCUUAUCACUCUCAGUCACCAUAACAUCAUGACCUUGCUGUGCCGUGGACGCCUGAAGUUUUUAGUAGCGUCUUUAACUACCAUUGUGCUCCUUACCGGGCUGUACCUGCUGUCUGGAAACCUGGAGUAUGGUAGAUCCCUGUUCCUUCCUCCCUGUUUGGUGGACAUGCCGGCAUCUCAGUUCUUGGAACGAGCCAUCCUGAAGUCACGGGUUCGAGAGGUGGAAGAGGAAAACAGAAAGAUCAGACUACAGCUCAGCCAGUCACAGAGCACUGCUACCCAGUCAGCUGAGAGAAAUUAUCGCGACUUGCAAUGGGGUGCUUCUGCUGACAUUGGACCAGAGGACGGGUACAACACAUUGGAAGAGAAGAAGAACCACUCUGAGUGUUCAAGAUUGCCUGCCGUCCAGAAGUGUGAGGUAAUACACGUCGCCUGUGUUUGUGCUGGACACAAAGCCAGUAGAGAUGUGGUCACACUUGUCAAGUCGGUCCUCUUUCACAGGAGAAACCCUCUUCACUUUCAUUUUAUCACUGAUGCUGUGGCCAACCAAACUUUGAGCUCCCUGUUUCAGUCCUGGAUGAUUCCUUCUGUGCAAGUUAGCUUUUACGAUGCAGAAGAACUCAAGUCCGAGGUGUCGUGGAUACCAAACACUCAUUACUCAGGUAUUAACGGCUUGAUGAAGCUGACUCUCACCAAAGCCCUGCCACAUGACCUGUCAAAGGUCAUUGUCCUGGAUACGGACAUCACUUUUGCCACUGAUAUUGCUGAGCUCUGGGGUGUUUUCAGAAAGUUCACAGAUAAACAGGUCAUUGGUCUUGUGGAGAACCAGAGUGAUUGGUACCUUGGAAACCUGUGGAAAAAUCACAAACCGUGGCCUGCACUUGGCCGGGGCUUCAAUACAGGUGUAAUUCUCCUCUACCUGGAGCGACUCCGACAAAUUGGAUGGGAUCAGAUGUGGCGCCUGACAGCAGAGAGAGAGUUAAUGAGCAUGCUCAGUACAUCUCUGGCUGAUCAGGACAUCUUCAAUGCAUUCAUAAAGCAGAACCCGAUUUUGGUCCACCAAUUGCCCUGCUUCUGGAACGUUCAGCUGUCUGAUCACACUCGUUCUGAGCUGUGCUACACUGAGGUCUCUGACCUCAAGGUAAUCCACUGGAACUCUCCAAAGAAGCUUCGUGUGAAGAAUAAGCACGUGGAGUUUUUCAGGAACCUUUACCUGACCUUCCUGGAGUAUGAUGGGAACCUGCUGCGGCGGGAGCUAUUUGGGUGCCCAAGUCAGGCUCGUCCAGAGAGCAUCCAGUUGCAGACUGAUCUUGAGGAGCUGGAUGAGGAUGAUCAGUGUUAUGACUUCCGCCGUGAGCGACUCACCGUCCACAGAGUCCAUCUUUACUUCCUGCAGUAUGAAUAUACCCCCACAGAGGAUGAGAAUGAUGUCACUCUCGUAGCUCAACUUUCCAUGGAUAGGCUACAGAUGCUGGAGGCCAUUUGCAAGCACUGGGAAGGGCCCAUCAGCCUGGCCCUGUACAUGUCUGAUGCAGAAGCUCAGCAAUUCCUACGCUACGCUCAAGCCUCCGAAGUGCUGAAAACCCGCAAGAAUGUCGGUUAUCAUAUUGUUUAUAAGGAGGGCCAGUUCUACCCCAUCAACCUGGUGAGGAAUGUUGCCCUGAAGAAUGCAAACACUCCCUACGUUUUCCUGACGGAUGUGGACUUCUUACCAAUGUAUGGUCUCUAUGAUUAUCUCAGAAAAACUGUCACACAAUUGGACAUGGCAAAUAAUAAGAAGGCUCUGGUGGUUCCAGCUUUCGAGACACUGCGUUAUCGCUUGUCCUUCCCCAAAUCCAAAGCAGAGCUCCUCUCCAUGCUGGACAUGGGGACACUCUAUACCUUCAGGUAUCACGUGUGGCCGAAAGGCCAUGCCUCCACCAACUAUGCUAAAUGGAGGACAGCCACCACACCUUAUAAGGUUGACUGGGAGGCAGAUUUUGAACCUUAUGUUGUCGUGAAACGACAUUGCCCAGAAUAUGAUCAGCGUUUUGUGGGCUUCGGCUGGAACAAGGUUUCCCAUAUCAUCGAGCUUGACGCACAGGAGUAUGACCUUGUGGUUCUCCCGAAUGCUUUCAUGAUCCACAUGCCCCAUGCACCCAGCUUUGACAUCUCCAAGUUUCGCUCCAGCUCGAGCUACCGCAACUGCCUGAAGACUAUAAAAGAGGAAUUCCACCAGGAUUUAUCCAGGAAAUAUGGCUCAGCUGCUCUCAAGUACCUCACUGCUCAGAGAAACAUCUGAGCAAUGCUGUCAGACACGCAUUUUCACAAGAUAAAGAGCUCAUACAUACCGUUGAUUGAUUGGCGCUCAGCGAUGGCCAGCACCAAGUUGCAAUCCAACGGUAAAGCGUUACAGCCCCUACAGGACAAGAAGAAAGUUUAACAUGAUGGCAAAUAUCCUCAUUUAUAUGGAUUAACGAGGCCGAUGGAGGUGUGAGACUGAAAGAUCUUGCUUUAAAGCGUGUGAUUGAAAACAAUACAAUACAAUACAAUACAUGCUGAUUUAUAUAGCGCUUUCACAACAGCGGCAGCUGUAACAAAGCGCUUAACAAAACAGUUAACAUAAAGUAAAAUAAUAAACACAACGCAUAACAUAAAACACGGACAGUCGUGCAGUCCUAACCACUUUUCCGUCACACGCUUUGUUGUUUGAAGCAGUUUGAGAUGAAAGAGGAGAGACGUGGAAAUUUCAUUUCCAUUGUCCUAGACUUUAUCUUUAAUUAAACCAAGAGCAUCAUUUCGAGGAGUCAAAAAUAUCCUAAGUGCUUUGUGAAGCUUCAUUUUCCCAAGAGUAAUGAAUGCAUCCAUCCAUUUUAGAAUCCGUUCAACCUCACGAUGGGGCGUACUUUCCCAGCAGUCGGUUACAAGUUGUUUCGUCUAUCAGGGAUAUUUCAGGCAGACAUGGAUCUCUGGAAACCAAGUUCAAGAACACAAAACAAGCAGUACAGUUGGCAUUUACAUCACAUAGUUAGCAGUUGUGACGGUCAGCUGACCGUGAGGAAAUGUUUACGCCUUAUUACUUUGUACAGUAUUUACUAAGAUAUUUAAUAUUUUCAUAUCUACACUUGUAAAUAUAAACCGAUUAACUUAAAGAAAUGAGCCGGUUAAUUUGUCAUGUGUAAUGUAAUGUGUGGAGAUUUUGUACUGUAUCGGUGCCACACACUGUCAGCACUCUGCAUCUGGUUUAUUCCGGGUGGGUACGGAUCACUCUGCAAAUGUGCUUAAGCACCACAUGUUCAUGUGGUCUAUUCACAAAUGAAGAAUAGUAAGAUCAGGUAUCUCAUUAUUUUUCCUUCCAGGCGACGUUAAUAAGCAAUGCAGUGAUAGAGAACAACUCAAAAUUAAAAUUUGUAUUAUCGAGAAGCGGUUAUAUGUAUGACUGAAUUGCAGAUGCUUAGCUUUCUGUAUAUUUGGCAUUGUUGUCUUAUUCACUGGAUAUUGUGUGAUCUGCUGAACCGUUCCAACAACAGUUUUAGAGUGCAAAUUAAAUUAAAAAGCAAAUUCAUCAAAACAGCACAAAAAUUGGAGCCUAAUUCACAGAACAUUUUGUAUCCAAAUUGAUAAGAGUUCACCUUGUUUUUUGACCUGAGACUUUUGUUCAAAAAACACAAUUUCUCUUUGUUCAUACUGCAAGGUGUGAUGCCCAAUUUGUUCACAUUACAAAAACAAAUACGGCUUCUGAUGUAGCCACAAUUCGUUCGUGAUGUGGCACUCAUGCACAGAUGCUGAUUCACGUGCAACAAAAAAACGACUUCAUGUGGCGCAGUGUUUACUCAAGUGGCCCUGCAUAUAUAGCGACUCAUUUUAUCAUCUCAUGUUGCCAGAGUAGCGAGGCGGGAGGAGGUAGAAACAUUUUGGGGAUAUGAGGUAACGCUUCUCAAUCUCCUUGUUUCAUGGAGAUGUCCACUAAAGAUGACCUCAUGACAUUGCCGUGCAUAAUAAGUGAAACGCCUCCAUGGCUGAAUUACUAUUAUCGCCACAAAUGUCCACCUUAUGCUUCAUGUUUCAAGUGGGAUUAAUUUAAAGUCUAAUGUAAAGACAACGACAACAACUGUUACUCAAAAGAUGUGCACAGAUGAGAUCUCAUACAGAAGACACAUCGCAUACCUAUCUGAUUUAUAUCCACAUCCAAAAGAGGCCCAGGUUGUAAAAAUCGGAACUAUACCGAUUGAAAAAAAGAGAUAUGUGUCACAUAUGGGCAAAAAGUGAGAUGCAAUGUGAACACAGCCUUAGUUGGGUUUCCUAAAUAUAAAUGGCCACACCAAAGGAAGUUUCUUUGUUUUGUUUUGUUUUGGGGUUUUUUGCAUCAUCCUUCAACUACUUUUAAUCAUCUACAAUUUGUCCCUGCAGGAAUUUGCGACGCAACACUGGCAAAAUUUGCCCCGGAUUUCAAAGCCCUGUGUGGAAUUGAAAGCAGUCCGGGUGCCCAAUAUUACUUUUACAUGUAGUAUUUGAUCCUGGUGUCUAGACGUCGUGGUCAGACAGGAUACACCACAGAGUGUGAUUCCCAAUUCAAUUUUUUUUCCAUGUUCUCGUUCAUGUGACAAAAACAAAUGUGUCCUACAAUGUUAACUGGACGCAUCCAUGAUGUGACACACGUGUGUUUGAAUGACAUUUACUGUCAUACCGUGUGCAGUCUGUUAACAAUAUCUAGGUCAAGUGGCGAGUUUACAAUUUAAGUCUUAGCUUUAAUAUCACUUGUUCUGCCUCAAUUUCUUAGCUUUUUAGCUCGUCAUUUUAGAUCUUUUUUUUUUUUAACUGAACAUGGAAAAUCAACAUUUAAGCCGAGGAAGCAAGAUUUGCUCUCCGCACAAUCAAAAUUGUUCUCCACAGAAGCAACAUUUUUUUCACAGCAGAUUCCUGUGUGGACGAGACAAUGACCAAAAAUUAUUUUUAUACAAAUAUCUAUUUUUUGAAAAUUAUUUGUUCAUGAAUUCAUUUUGGUGGCAAUUACUUGACUUCUUUCUAUGGUUUCAGUCAUAACAGCCCUCCAAGUGAAACAGUAACUAAAAUAUGGCCCGCGACAAAAGUGAGAAACUAUAGCCAAAGGGGAAAAAGAGACAAAAGUUGUUUCUGUUGUCUUGUUCUCUCAUUGUGGCCCAGUGUUUUUGGGACCCCUGUUUUAGCAGCACAGAGAAUCUGAAAAGCCAAGAAUUAUAUUAUCAUGAGUGGGUGCUAUUGAGACCACUGGAUAAUAGUCGGCUAUUUCUAGAAACAAUGAGAAUGGGUGCUAAAUAGGACUCGGAAGCAACUACGCUACAUAGUCAAGCCAAAGAACAGCAUUUGGGUACUAUGUCAAAACUUUAUUUUUCAGUGUACAUAGCCUGCUGGUGUAUUAAAGCACCAAAGUAAAUUAAUUCAUGAGCUCUUAUUCCUUCUGUGAAUUUAAGUUGUGCUACCUUCACCGCAUAAGAUAUGCCACAAAAGGCAAGAUGGUCAAAUCUGAUUUUGAUCAGGAGAUUGGUAGAUUUGGUCCUCAAUGGUGUAUUCACGGUCAAACAAAAUGUGUGUGUGUGUGCGUGUGUAGGCGUGCGUGUGCGUGCGUGUGCGUGUGCGUGUGCGUGUGCGUGUGCGUGUGCGUGCGUACGUGCGUGUAUAAUACCGACUAAACUUUUGAGAACCAAACAUAUUCCAUUGGCACCUUUCAAUGAAAAACUAAAUAUCGUACCAAAACAAAAUUGCCUAGAUAAGUCAUAUUUUCGCUCCACACCCACAGACUGUCCCAAAGAACACUUUGGACCAGUGUUUAAAAAGGAUUUUUAUUGGUCUCUGGUUUUGAUAUCAUAAAAUCUUGGUACUGUAUUUGAAGAGGAGUGUGUCAAGGUAGUCCGGAGUUCUCCGGACAGAAUUGGAUUCUUCAAACGUAGACUCAGAGAAGGAUUGACAAAAAGGUUUUAUUCAUACAAAAACGUGCAAGGCCGACAAAGUACAGCAAAGGCCCCUGGUUACAAUUAACCCGGAAAUCACAAAAUAAAUGCUUGCAAAGGCAAGGACAAAAAACAAGAAAACCCAAAGCGCCUUACCUUAAAAAACCAUGACUAGAAUUAUCAACCAAAAUACUAUUUACAUAGAACAAAUCGGCGAAUUUUCCGACAGCAGUAGUUGGCGUGGCGUGGCUUUUUAAAGGCGGAAUGUAACUCCAAAUUUGGCUCAGGUGCGGCUCGUGAGGAAACGCCCACACUCCGGAUGGAGGAAACAAAGCAAACAGGACAGGAUCAUGACAGAGUGUGUAGACUUGGGUAGUUUUGUUUUGUUUUUUGUCAACUAUAACUAAUUAAUUAUCAUCACAGAUAUGAGUAAUGGUAGGCAUGUUACAUGUAUAUUACACUAUAUAUUUUAUAAAUGAGACCUCUGGACAUGAGAGAGAAAAAGUAGUGGACCAAAAGUGGAUACAACAUUUCAUGACUAGAGCAUUGCAUGGUUCUGGAAUUGCAAUACGGGAUUAAAAAAAUGUGUUUUAUGUGCAUCUCUAUCAACCUCCUCCCCGCAUUAAUUGAAUACACAAGGUGAAUAGAGAAACAGUCCAGGUUUUGAGCAAAGCGGAUGCAGCAAGGCCUUAACCGUGAGUCAACAGCAUAAUGCAUGAACAUGAAUCAUGAAUCCUGCCCCCGCACUCCUGCCAUCAAUGCCCCGUCCAUUGAGUUGUUGCUAAUUGUGGUAAAUGCUAUACUGUAGUGCCUUUGCUGUAUUGUGGAACUUGAUUUUGAUUGUCACAAAAAGGCCUGUCCUCAGGCACUCUAUUUAUUAUUAUUGGAUCUUAUUUUUCUAUGUAAGUGCUUGAAAUAAAUUUGCCCUUUUUUAA